UAGAAGUUGAGGACAUCAAACACUGCCACAGGAAGAGUGAUCAAAUGGCAGAGGGGAAAGGUAGAGUUUGUGUCACUGGAGGUACAGGUUUUCUUGCUUCAUGGAUCAUCAAGAGACUCCUUCAAGAUGGAUAUGCUGUUAAUACCACCAUUAGAUCUGAUCCAGGACGUAAGAGAGAUGUUAGUUUUCUGACAAAUCUACCUGGGGCAUCAGAAAAGCUAAAAAUCUUCAAUGCUGAUCUUAGCAACCCAGAAAGUUUUGGUGAAGCAGUAGAAGGGUGUGUUGGGGUGUUCCACACGGCUACUCCUAUUGAUUUUGCAGUGAGCGAGGCAGAGGAAACAGUGACCAAAAGAACCGUUGAUGGGGCAUUAGGCAUUUUGAGAGCAUGUCUCAAGUCAAAGACUGUGAAAAGGGUGGUUUACACUUCUAGUGCUUCCACCGUUUCAUUUAGUGGCACACAAAAAGAUGUAGUGGAUGAGAGUGUUUGGAGCGAUGUAGAUUUGCUUAGGACUGUGAAGCCAUUUGGUUGGUCUUAUGCGGUUUCAAAGGUGUUGACUGAGAAGGCAUUGCUUGAGUUUGGAGAGCAACAUGGGUUGGAGGUUGUUUCUCUCAUAGCUCCUUUUGUUGUUGGUCGCUUCAUUUGUCCCAAGCUUCCUGAUUCUGUUGAAAGAGCUCUGAUUUUGGUCUUAGAAAUUGAUGGUGCAGGUAAAAAGGAAGAAAUUGGUGUCACUCGUUUCCAUAUGGUGCAUGUGGAUGAUGUGGCUAGAGCACAUAUAUUCCUUCUUGAGCAUCCUAAUCCAAAAGGGAGAUAUAAUUGCUCAUCAUUCAUUGUACCUAUUGAAGAGAUUUCUGAACUUCUUUCAGCCAAAUACCCAGAAUAUCAAAUUCCAACAGUAGAGGAGCUGAAGGAAAUUAAUGGUGCCAAGUUACCACAUUUAACCUCCAAGAAACUGGUGGAUGCUGGUUUUAAGUUCAAGUAUAGCCUUGAGGACAUGUUUCAGGAUGCAAUUGAAUGCUGCAAGGAAAAGGGUUAUCUUUAAUCUAGUUUAGCCAUGAAGUUAACAAAAUAAGUUGCUAAAGAUGAUUGAUAGUUUGAAGCAUUUCAUAUUGUUAGUAACGAUGGCUCCCAUGUACACCACUUAAUGGAUGAAGUUACUUGUAAUAAAUCAAGAUAAAAUUAAUCUGGCAAAUACCAUGUAUGCCUUCAUGGCAUAAAAUAUGAAGUUAUCAAUUUAAGGAAACGAUAACUUGCUUUAAUCAUAUGAUGCCAAAUUAAUAUCAAAACCAGUUGCACAACCC